AUGUCCGAGUGUACGACGGCAACAACUGGACCCGAUGAAAUAACACAGACUAAACAAACAAAAGUGUUACCGAAACCUUUUUCAAUUGAAGCAAUUAUUUCAAAAGAAAGCUCAGUGGAAACUCAACAAAAUACACCUAGUGAAAAAUUAUCACCAGCUACAUCCUUCAAUCAUUUAUUAAAUCAAUUAAGUACCGUGGAUCAACAUCAGAAACAAACAAAUUUUUACGCUCAUGCUCAAGUUGCACAGAUUAGUGCAGCCAUGCAACAUUUUUAUCAUCAUCCAUGGAUGCAAGCUGCAGCUUUAGGACAUUAUAAUCGUGCGGUGUUCGAACAAUCAUUGCCCGGAUUAUAUUUAGAUCCAUCUAGUUUAGCAGUGGCUGCCGCCGCAGUACAGGGUGCUACAGGAUUUAAUACAACAAAUGUGAACAAUAAUAAUAAUAAUAAUAGUGUUGAUGAACAGAAUUUGUUUAAUGCUGCAGCGGUAUUUCGUUCGGCAUCGUCGGCGGGUGAUUCGCGUGCAGGGGAUUUAAGUCCAAAUCGUGUAGAUGGACGGCGUGAUUUAAAUCGUGAUCAAAACGAUUUAUUAAGUGAUGACGAAUCGAUUGAUGGAUGCAGUGAUGAUCAUCGUAGUUGUAGUUUAUCGCCAACGGUACAUGAUUUAUCGGGGAAAAAUAAUCUAUCUGAAGAUGGGCAUUCGGAUAUCGAUGAUGCUGGAAUGGACGGUGAUGAUCCAUUGGAUAAUGUUGGCUCUGGUGGAAGCGGUAAUAGCGGUACAAAUAUUAUAACACCACAAGGUGGAAAAACCCGACGACGUCGCACAGCGUUUACCAGUGAACAAUUAUUGGAAUUGGAACGUGAAUUUCACGCAAAAAAAUACUUAUCAUUAACAGAACGUAGUCAAAUUGCAUCAGCAUUGAAAUUAAGUGAAGUACAGGUAAAAAUUUGGUUUCAAAAUCGCCGUGCAAAAUGGAAACGAGUUAAAGCUGGUUUAACAUCAAGCAGCCAAAGUAAAAAUGGACGAGAUUCACAAAAUGUGCAUCACACGAAAAUUGUUGUACCAAUACCAGUGCAUGUUAAUCGUUUUGCUGUUCGUACACAACAUCAACAGCUGGAAAAAUGUGGUGGCGGAGCUGCAGCCGUAGCAGCUGCGGCAGCCGCUGCAGCUAUUGGUAAUCCUGGUAACUCUGCAAAUAAUGGCAAUACAACUGUCCUACCACCGAAUUUAAAUACGAUUCCACCAAACACGCUACCAUCGUUAAGCUCACAUUUUACAAGUAAUUUACAAUCAAAUUUAAAUCGGAAUUUAUUAUUUAGUCCACAUCACAAUCCAUUACGAAAUGGUUUGAAUUUAACACGAUUCCAUCAAAAUAGUCCAUCAUAA